CACUCCCACCGCAGAGCCCCGCCCUCCCUCUCAGCAGGCCUGGCUGUCUGUUGGGCCAUGGGUGGACGCAGGGCCGGCUCUGGCCGCCCGGCUGACCUGGGUUUGCGCCUGCAGGGCCGCGGGAGCCGCCAGCGGCCUGGGCCGGCGCCCGGGAGGAGAGGGAGCUCCUGCAGGGGGAGCUGGUGCGGCUGGAGCAGCUGCUGGCCCAGGCAGGCGCGGAGCGGGAGGAGCUGGCCAGCAGGUGCAGCGCGGUCAGCGAGCUUGUGAGUGUGUGCGGGGUCACAGCCAGGCCCUCGGGAAAGACAGAGUCCGCCACGACACCACAGGCAGGGCGUCGGCUGGCGCGCCCACAUGCCCCACCAGGCCACGGCUGAGCUGUGCCCCCCCGCCCCCUCCCAGCCCCCCCCGGGGCCUCCCCUGCCCCUCACUUCCCAGGCUGCGGAUCAAGGUCUAUCCUGGGGCAGCCAUCGGGGGCUGGGCUGCAGGCCCCCACCCCCGGGCAGCACAAGCAGGCACUCCAGGUGUGGGGGCCACAUUCACCCCACUCUCACCUCCCUGCCCCGGGCUUCGCCGUGUGGCUGUGCCGAGCCUGAGGGCCCCUGCCUCCCGCUGGGCCAGGGCUGCCAGCCCCUCGGUGCCGCCCCCGUGCACAGGGUCCUGAGCCUCCCAGCCCUGCCCUCAGCCCCUGCUGCAGGGCCCAGGGGAGCCCCCUGUCCACCCAGGGUGGGCUUUGUGCCCGGCGGCUGGGGCGUGGUGGGACCCGGCAGGCUUCCCGCCCAGAUGCAGGCACGGCUGCGCAGGUCGGAGCUGGAGCACAGCGCAGACCUGGAGGAGGCCCUGGGCCGCCUGGAGGCCGCCGAGCAGAGGAGUGCCGGCCUCUCCCAGGUCAACAGCCUCCUCCGGGGACAGCUGGCGCAGCUGAAGAAGGCCAACGAGGCACUGGCCCAGGAGCUGGCCGCAUCCAGAGGCCUUGUGCUCCGCCUGCAGGGCGAGCUGGAGCGGAGGGAGCCGCGGCCCCGGGCCCAGAGACAGACCCCCCGGAUGGGCCCAGGGGAGGCCCAGGACAUCAUUCUCCUGUGGAGACAGACCUCGGGGCUCCAGGCACAGCUGGCCGAGCUGCGGGUGGCCACGGAGCGGGGCCUGGCUGAGCUGCAGACAGAGGUGGCCAGAGCUGCCCAGCGCCUGCACACGGCCUGCCUGAACCUCGAUUCCAACCUGCGCCAGGCGGCCAGCAGCAAGGCUGCUGCCCUAGAGAGGCGUCUGCAGGAGCAGGUGAUGGAGACGCUGCAGAUGCAGGCCAGGCGCCAGGAGCAGACGCUGCUGGUACAGGAGCUCAGAAAGCAGGAGCUGCCAGGGGCAGCCAUGGCUGGGCUUGGGGAACAGCCGUCUGAGAGCCGGCGAGAGCUGCAGGCCUCGUGGAAGCACCUGACCGAGCAGGCACACGAGGGCCAGAACCUGCUGGCCCCAGGAAGCCAGGGGCGCCCACGGCAGCCGGAGGAGGUCUCGGGGCUCAGGAAGGAGCUGGCGCGGGCACAGCUGCAGAGGGCGGCCCUGGAGCGCGAGUGCAUGGGCCUGCGGCAGGCCCUGGACAGGGCCGAGUCCAGCAACGCAGACCUGGAGCUGCUCGUCCUGCGGCUCAAGUCGGAGGGCGCGGACCAGAGGGACUCCCUGGCCAACAUGGCUGCCCUCCUGGACGGGCUGGCCAGGGACAAGGGCACCCUCAACUGCCUGGUGCUCCAGCUGGAGCAGGAGCGGGACCGGCUGCAGGAGCAGCGGAAGGCGCUGGAGCAGGAGCGGGCAGAUGCCGGGGAGCAGCUGGCGCGGGUGGAGCAGCAGCUGGCGCGUGAGCAAGAGGCGCGGAGAGCUGUGCAGCAGGCCUGCGCGCACCUGCAGGGCCAGGUGGACCAGGUCACUUGCCAGAAGCAGGCCCUGGAGGGGCGGCUGACGCAGAGCCUGCAGGCACAGGAGGCCCAGCUGGACGCCCUGCGGCAGGCCCUGCGGGAGAAGGACGCCCUGUCUGAACAGCAGGCCCAGCUGCUGGCCGGCCAGGAGGCCCUGGAGAGGCAGGGCAAGCUCGCGGCAGAGAUGGCCACGGACCUCAGGGCCGAGAGGGACUCCCUGGAGAGCAGCCUCUUCGGGGCCCAACAGCUGGCGGCGCGGCUGCAGGCUGAGCAGGAGCAGCUGGUGGGAGAGGCCCAGCGCGCCCGGCUGCACCAGCAGACCCUGCAAGAGGAGAUGGAGCAGCUUAAAAGGGACUGGGCGCUCCAGGAGACGCGGCUGCGGUGGGACCUGGAGCAGCUGCAGAGGCAGAAGGCCCCGUCUCCGAGCGAAGCUGAGAAGUGCCUGCUGAGCAAGGAGCUGUCCAGGGCCACACGGGAGCUGGAGCAGGUGCGGCAGGAGGCCCAGAGCCGGCAGGAGCAAGCCGAGGCCGCUGCCAGCCGCGCGAUGCGGGAGCUGAGGGCCCUGCAGGCCCAGCUGGAGGACGCCGUCUCUGCCCGCCACAGGGAGGCCGCGGAGCGAAGCGAUCUGGGCAGAGAGGCCGAGGGGCUGCGGGCGCGGCUGAGUGCGGGCCAGGAAGCGCUGGCCAAGCUGCGCCAGGAGCUGCGGAGCCGGGAGCAGAGCUGUGAGGAGCUGCGCCGGGCGCUGGACGCCGGGGCCUGCGAGCGGGACGUGUUGCAGGUCUCCAACACCGAGCUGCGGGCCGCCCUCCGCAGGGCCGUGCGGGAAGGGGCCAGCUUUAAGCGGUGCAAGGAGGAGAAGGCGCAGAAGCUGCUGGUCCUGCAGGAGGCCGUGGCGGCGGCUCGGCAGGAGGCGGCCGUGCUGUGGGCCCGGCUGCGGCAGCAGGAGGGGGCUCAGGCGGACGCCCGGCGGGAGCGCCAGGAGCACCGCGCACAGGUCCUGGGGCUGCAGCGCCGCCUGGCAGAGGUGGAGGUGGCUGGGGAGGCCCGGGCACGGCAGCUGGAGGAGCGGCUGCAGCAGAGCCAGCGGGCAGAGCGGGGCCUGAGGGCCGAGCUCCAGGGUGCCACCCGCAGGCUGCAGCUGGCCCGCAGCGCGGCCGAGGGCCUCCGGGCUCGCCUGGACGGAGCCUGCCACAGGGUCCACGGCCCGGAGCAGGAGCUGGCCCAGGCCGAGGCUGCCCGGCAGGCCGCGGAGGCCCUGCUGACUCGGCUGUGCCCCACGCUCCGUGGCAGCCUGGGGCCGCGGGGACGGAGCCCGGCCGCCUCCCCCGCGAGAGAUGCCAGCAGCCUGCAGGCUGGCCCCAGGUGGCCUGAACUGCAGCCUGGAGACGGCGGCCCCUGGGUCGCAGACCUGAGCUGCGUGGAGGACGCCCUGGGGGACUUCGUGCAGAAGCUGGUGGACGCCUGGCGGGAGCGGGAUGACGCCCAUGUCCAGCUGGCCAGCCUGACCGGCCGGCUGAAAGAAACACAGAGCCUCCUGGGGCAGCUGCAGCAGGCCCUGGCUGAGGCCGAAGAAGGCCGGCGGCAGGCGGAGGACGCGCUGAGCAGCGCCCGGGCGUCACAGCCCCAGCACGAGGCGCCCAGGCAGCGGGAGAGAGAGCACCCAGCAGGCACCAGGGCGGCAGAGGCCAGGAGAGGCGGCGGCUCCAGUGUGAAUCCUGCCUCCCCUGGGCCGUGCACAGGGGCCUCCGCCGGCCACCCCAGAGCCCCCCUGCCGCCCGAGGGGACCUGUCCAGCUUCCGGCGAUGCAGGUGAUGGUUCGAGCACCGGGGCCCCUGCCGCCCACGCGGGAGACCCGGAUGGAUUCCCAGCUCCUGGCGCCUGCCAGGCCCAGCCCUGGCCACUGCAGGCCUCUGUGGAGUGACCCAAGCAUGGAAAUUCCCUCGCUCUGCUUCUGUCUCUCAAAUAAACAAACAAAAUGA